CAGGAUGGUGGAGAAGGACAUGUUGGAACUGUUCGAAACUUUGAAUCUCCUGAAGAAGUUGUUGUAGUUUGGGAUAAUGGUACUGCAGCCAAUUACAGAUGUGCCACUGAUUAUGAUCUUAGAAUUUUAGACAGUUCUCCAACAGGAGUCAAGCAUGAAGGAUCUCUAUGUGACACUUGUCGACAGCAACCGAUUUUCGGCAUUCGUUGGAAAUGUGCUGACUGCUUAAACUAUGACCUUUGCUCAACUUGUUAUCAUUCUGAUAAACAUUCUUUACGGCAUAGAUUUCAUAGGAUUACAGUUCCUGGAGGCGAAAGAGUCAUGGUGGAAACAAGAAGAAAAAGUAAAAAGCUAGUUGUCAGAGGAAUAUUUUCUGGAGCUCGUGUUGUUCGUGGUGUUGAUUGGCAGUGGGAAGAUCAAGAUGGAGGUAAUGGCAGGCGAGGAAAAGUACAUGAUUUACAAGACUGGUCUGCUGCAUCACCCCGAUCAGCUGCUUACGUUGUCUGGGAUAAUGGUUCUAAAAAUCUAUACAGAGUUGGCUUUGAAGGAAUGGCUGAUUUGAAGGUAGUUAAUGAUGCCAAAGGACCUUCUGUCUAUAAGGAACAUCUCCCUCUUCUUGGCCAACAGGGUUCAGGAAAAAAUGGACCUCAUGGUCUCCAAAUCGGUGAUCAGGUUAAAGUAGAUUUGGAACUAGAAAUCGUCAAAUCAUUACAACAUGGGCACGGUGGUUGGACUGAUGGAAUGUUUGAAUGUCUGGGAGUAACUGGUGUCAUUGUUGGCAUUGAUGAAGAUCGUGAUAUUGUUGUAUCUUAUCCUUCAGGCAAUAGAUGGACUUUUAAUCCUGCUGUUUUAACGAAAGUUCAAACUACAAGUACGCAACAGAACUCCCAGUUUGCAGUUGGUGACAUUGUACAAAUAUGUAGCGAUUUAGAAAGAAUAAAAAUAUUACAAAAAGGUCAUGGAGAAUGGGCUGCUGCUAUGACUCCUACUUUGGGGAGUAUUGGGAGAAUACAACAAAUAUAUCAUGAUAACGAUCUGAAAAUAGAAGUUUGCGGCACCUCGUGGACAUAUAACCCUCUUGCUGUGACCAAAAUUUCCUGCCCAUCUGGAGAUCGUUUGAGUGCUAUUCUGAAGAAAAUUUUUGAAACUCACUCAACUGGAGAUGUAAAUCUAGAGCUUGUGAAAUCUGCAGCAAAUGGUGAUGUUCAAAAGUGUGAUGAAGUUCUCAAACGAAAAGAUGCAAAUGUAAAUGGAAUGUUUGGUGGCCAUACAGCUCUGCAAGCGGCUAGCCAAAAUGGGCACCUUGAUGUAGUAAAACUUCUCCUUAAACAUAAUGCUGAUGUUGAAAUUGAGAACAAAUAUGGCGAUAGAGCGAUUCACCAUGCUGCAUUUGGUAAUGAACCUGCUGUUAUUGAGUUAUUAGCCAAAGCUGGUGCUGAUCUUAAUAUCCGUAACAACAGAAGGCAAACACCAUUGCAUAUUGGGGUCAAUAAAGGCUAUUAUGGUGUCGUGAAAACUCUUCUGAAGUUGGGCUGCCAUCCAAGUCUUCAGGUUAGUGCUUAACCUAUUUUUUUAUAAUUUAUUGC